UUCGAUCGCUUUAUCUUUUGUCUGCAACACCUCGCUCUCUCUCUCUCUCUACACGCCUCUCAUACACACACAUAUGUGUAUAUAUAUCUCGCGAGGAUUUAUAUACAUAAGCUUCAAAUUCACAAUCUAAAAAAGGAUCGAUUUCACACCUAAAUGUUGGUGCUGUCAUCAUUUCAGUGCACCAAGUAAAAAAAUUUCUGCUGAAUUUGAGAUAUCAGCUUUUUAAUGCCUGGCAACGAAAUUGGAGACCGGGUUCAUAAUUUUUUUGAACAGGAGCACUUGUCCCGGGGACAAAAUCAAUCACAAAUUGCAGAUGUGAAUUGGGUGGGAGUUAACAACAACCGGUGGAAUGGUAGCCAGAGGCAAUAUGAUGAUACACUGAGUUUUAGAACAAAGGACUACAUUCCACAGCAAUCUGAUCCUGAGGCCCACACCAUUCAAUCUCGACAGGCGCAGUAUGGUUUUUGCUCACCGCCUUUAGUAAGGCCUGCAUUGGCUAACAACCGAUCUUAUAACCAACACCCAGAUUUGGAUGGAAACAUCUAUGGUCACCAAGUUUCGCAGAGAAGGCCGGAGGAAGCAAAUUUUUUGGGAGUGGGUGCAGAAUCAUAUAGGAACAAUUCAAAUGGAAGAGGCUUCUCUAUGUAUGGACCAGCACAAGGGAGUGGUGCUGAGCAUCCCGCAACCUCAGGCAGAUUGGAUACUUUUGAAUCUCCUGUUAGUUAUGAUUUUUUUGGGGGUCAGCCCAAAGUGAAUGAUCGUCCAGUGCUGUUACAAUCCUUACCUCCGCCACAGUCUGGAGUUGGUGACAUGCAUCAAUUGCAGCAACACCUUAUGUUUAGAAAGAUGCAAGAACUUCAAAGGCAAGAGGAUAUUCAGCACCUGCAUGCAAGGCAACAAUACUCAGUGAAACAGGUAACUGCUUUCACUAAAAAGGAAGCUGGAAAGAAUUCUCAUGACUUUACUAAUGGCACUCCAGUUUCUGAUGCAUAUCAUCCCUGGACAACUGAGAUGCCAGCAGGAAACAGAAAUAGGCUCCACCAUGCUUCCACUGCUAUGCAAGGAUCAAGUGGUGGACUUACAUCUUCUCCGGGGCAAGUUCAGGCAUUAAACUCGGUUAAUUUGGUCCGUCAGCAGCUUGAUCAAUCUCUUCCGGGAGUUCCUGUAUCUGGUUCAAGGGAUAACUUAAACCAAGAUCAAUUUGCAAGGGACAAGCCUUUGCAGCAAAUGACAACAUAUAACAAUUCUUUUCUGAGUAAUCAACAUGCUGCGUUUCCUCAACAGGUCACCAUGAAGGAUGAUCGUGUAAAUAGUAGACAGGUUUUUCAAGGAAAAGAUAUGUUUGGAUACACUUCUCAUCAAGGUCAAAGUAGUCAGAUGAAUUUGGAAAACCAUAAUCAACCGAGUCCCCAGGGAAAAAUUGAGGCUACACAAGAGUUCCAGGAGAAGCGGAAGGUAAUCGGUAUGUCAGAAGUAUCACACGAUAAAAUAGUUGAGCAAGCUCCUCAUUCACAAAAUUCAAUUGCCCUAGAUCCUGCUGAAGAGAAGAUUUUAUUCGGUUCUGAUGAUGGUAGUAUAUGGGAUGCAUUUGGAAAGACUGAUGAUGGGGUGUCAAAUUUGCUAGAUGGCACAGACUUUAUGAAUGGAUUGCCUUCUAUUCAGAGUGGCAGUUGGAGUGCUCUGAUGCAGUCUGCUGUUGCAGAGACUUCUAGUAGCGAUGUAGGGCAUCAGGAAGACUGCACUAAUCUGAGCAUUGAGAAUCCUGAUUUUUCUGCCAGUAAUCAUCAGUCUUUAUCUUAUGAGGCGGAAAAACAUCAGACAGCGUUGGUCAAUAACAAUUUGUCGAUCUCGUCAGCCUUUACUUUUGGAUCAGUUGCCCCUUCUGAUGAUACUAAUAGCAAUCAUAUUCAUGCCCAAGGAGUUCUACAAUUUGGACAUAAAAUUUCACAAGAACAUGUUGCAGGGUUGCAAAGCAACUCUUCUCACAGACCCACUCAGCAGUCCCUGGCAGGAGGAAGUAAUUGGCUUAGCAGUAAGAAUCAAAGAUAUGGAACUGCUAGUCAUACUGUGGAUGCAGAAAUAAAUGGAAGGAGAUAUUCGAAUCAUGGGGCUCUGUCGCAAAAUGGAGUUAGCCAACCUUUUAAACCAUAUAACUUAAGUGUUACCAAUGGUGUAACACCCAAUGGGCAAAAAAUCCAGGAAAAUGAAAAUUUUGUACAUAACUAUCAAAUGACUGGACAAAAGCCAGUUGUGCAUGAGGCUAUGAUACACAAAAAUGGCAUGCGCAAAGUUGAUUCUAUAAGCAAUUCAUCUGCUGAACUGGAGCAGCUGAGGUCUACAACUGGAAGUUCACUGGCGAAUGCUGCUGGUGAGGUACUAAAAUCAACCAAAUUAUCAGUGAGUGAGGAAGCUAGUUUAUUUGGUGGUUGUAAACCAAUGGAAGCCUCGCUGAGGACUCAAGAAAGUGAGAACUCUCGAAAAGUGGAGCAUCUUAGAAAGGUGCCUCAGCUUGUAAAAUCAGCAUUUCAUAGUUCGGAGGAGGAGGUUAAUAUGAAAGCUAUAAACACAGUUAGUAAGAAGACGAACGAUAAUGCCAGCUAUCGACCCAACAUGUUUCAUCACAAUUUUACUGCUGGUCGAGGGGAAAAGGAUUUAGUGGAUGCUAGUGGUCCACAGAGUUUGGCUGGGGGAAAGCAGAAGUCUUCUAAACAGGCUGAUCAGAAAUUUGCUGGCCCUCGAAAGUUUCAGUUUCAUCCUAUGGGAAACUUGGAUGAGGAUGUUGAGCCAUCUUAUCAAAUGAGGGGAGCUAAUAAUUACAAGAUGAUGCCUUUGCACAACUCUCAGGGAUUCAGAAGCCAGGAUGCAGGGUUCUUUCGGCAGUCUAAUCUUUUGGGCCAAUUUCCUAACAGCUGUAGUGAAAAGGAGAAGGGGCAAUUGUCUGAUCAUCAUGGAGAUGCCAGCAGAAACGAGGCAUCACUCAAGGGCAAUCGUGCUGGAUAUGUGCCGUCAAUGUCUUCUGCCAAUAAUAAACCUGUUGGGAUGAGCACAUCUUAUUCAAGUGAAAAUAUGCUGGAGCUUCUUUGUAAGGCAGAUAUUAAGGAGCGUAGUACAGAAAGGCACCUUACCCCUACGGGACACAGUUCCUUGUCUCAAACUCCUGAAGCAGAAAGCUCCAAUGGAACUGUUGGUUGCCUCCAGGAUAAUCAAUCCUCUGCUAUUCAAGGUUAUGGGUUACAGCUGGCUCCUCCAUCACAGCGACCAGGUUUGAACCAUGUUCCUUCAAGCCCUUCUCAGACAGUUAAAUAUAUCUCUUCGACUCAGGAUAGUGUUGUUACAAGAGGUAUGGGUCUGAGGAUGUUGGAACCCGCUGAUUUGGAUCAGUCCAUGCCUUCUCCUCAUGAAGUAAGUCAGAGAGAAUUUAAGAAUAAAAGAACUGUUAUUCCUGCGCACACAGCCAGGGAAGAAUCGCCGCCUAAAAUGCAAGAAAACGUGUCUUCUGAUUCUGGGUUUUCAUAUCCAAGAAGCCAACUUCAGGACCAACUAAUUUCUAAAGCAAGUGGACAGGUAUCAAUCAAUUCUCAUACUAUACAUGGCUAUCAGUUUGCAGGACAUUCUGUGCUUGAUGCAGCAGGGAGUGCUCCAUACGACAAAAGUACUUCAUCUCUAAACAUUUCUAGGUCAACUCCAACCAACUAUCCUCAUGACAGAGUUUCUGCUGAUAAAAAUUCAGCAGGGGACCUGUUGUCAGUUUCCAAGUCAAUUACUACUGGAACCUCUAGUGACGGUGCACCUACAAACAUGUUAUAUAGUGUACAGCCUAAUGUUUCACCACAGCAACGUUAUGUAGGCACUCACGCUUGUCAUUCCCAGCCUAAACCUAAUUUGUCUAGUCAAUCAGAUAUUGUUGAGUCAACCUUCUCUGUUCCGCACAAUUUAGUGGACCAAGGUCCGACAUUGAUGGAUGAGUUUCCAUCUGAGUUUUGUACGGGCUUCUUGCAUCCGCAAGGUUUGGUUUUUGAAAAAGAGCAUUUGGGGAAGGAUAACUCCUGUCUGCAGCUGUCAUCUGGAAGCAAAGACUUGAUACAAAAAUUAAAGGAAUCACCGAGUCAAGAGCCCAAUAUCCAACAACUACAUCGAGCACCUCCAGUGAACCCCCCUUCAACUCAGAGAGAUAUUGAAGCCUUUGGUCGCACUUUGAAACCAAAUAACUUCAUCCAGCAAAAUUUUUCUUUAGUGAAUCAAAUUCGAGCGAUGAAGAGUGUAGAGACUGAUCCAAGUAAUAGGGGCUCAAAGAGACUGAAAGGUCCUAAUAAUAGACUGAUGUCUGAGCAAGUUGUUUUGAGGACAGGUCAGCCAUAUGAAGAUGAUGCUAUGGUGAAAGAUCCUCCUUUUUCAACUUCUUCUGUUUCAGAACCAGAUGAUAAUGGGGGCACAAAUGUAUCUUCUUAUAAAAUUGAAAAAUUGCCAUCUCAAGAUGUGCUUAAAGAUCAGAUAGAGUCUGAAAAUUUUCGACAUGGUGGUAGUACAGGUUCUAUUAGAACUGAGCACCUGAACAUCAGUCCGCAGAUGGCUCCAUCUUGGUUUAAUCAGUACGGAAGCUUUAAAAAUGGGCAGAUGUUGCAAGUGUACGAUGCCAGUAAAGCUGUUACUUUAAAGACUGUCGAACAUCCACCCAGGCAGUCCUUCAAUAAUAUGCAUACGGACUCACAAGUGCACACAAAUGCUGUCGCUGAUACAAAUGAAAUCAGUGCUAAGCUGCUUAGCACUGAUCUCAUGUCACUCCAAUCAUUGCCUAGAGAUGAAUUGUGUGGAAAUUUGGUCAUUUCAAGGCCAAAGAAGCGUAAAUGUGCUUCAUCUGAGCUUCAAUCCUGGCAAAAAGAAGUGUCACAGAGUUGCCCAGAUCUUCAGUGUCUGAGAGUGGCAGAAGAAAACUGGUCUAAAGCAGCAAAACGACCAAGUGAAAAGGUUGAAGAUAAUGUUGAUACAAUUGAAGCUGGGUCGCCAAUGCCUAGAGCAAGAAGACGACUUAGCUUAACAAGACAACUUAUGCAGCUACUAUUUUCGGCUCCUCCAGAAGUGAUUCUCUCUGCAGAAGCUAGAUCGAAUUAUGAAACUGUGACUUAUGUUCUUGCAAGACGAACACUGGGUGAUACAUGCAGCUUCAUGUCUUGUUCUGAUGGGGAAAACUUACAAGCGGACAAACGUAAAUCGUCAGAUAAAAGCCAUGAGCAGCGCACUUCACAAGUCAUGGAAGACUUCAUGGGUAGAGUGAGGAAGCUAGAAACAGAAUUAUCUAGACUGGACAAGAGGUCAUCAGUCUCAGACUUGCGAAUAGAGGUCCAAGAUGUGGAGAAAAUUUCUAUUAUCAACCGGUUUGCCAUGUUUCACAGCCGCUUGCAAAGUGAUGGUGCCGAUACCCAAUCUUUGCGCGGUGCAUCUGCAAAUUCUGAGAAACCCUUCCCCCAAAGAUUUGUUACUGCAGUUCCAUUGCCUAGAAAUCUCCCAGAUAGUGUACAAUGUCUUUCAUUAUGAUAAUUUAUUCUUGGUUUAGCUGUAUUUACCUUCUUUGUGUGGCAUUACUAGCUAGUUAUAUACAGGCAUUAUUAUACAAAGAGCCACACAUGGAAAUGCAUAGGAGAAUGGAAAAGUAGAUUGUCUCGGUUGAAAGAAACUGAAGCUACAUAGUGUUGUGCAAUAUACCACUGGCUAGCCAGAUUGUUGAGAUAUUCAAGCCAAUUUUGUGCAUUCCUGAAUUUACUUUCAAGAGUAUUUGGAUUAUGGCUACUUUUUGUUGGUAAUAUGAUCAUUAUAGAUUUGGCCAUCCA